GUCACAACCAGGCACUUCGAGUCCUUAAUUUGUCAACUCGCUUCUUUCAUGAGUGGAUCAAGUCAUGAGUCCGGACACGAUGUCUGUUGUCUGAAGGCAAGACGCAAGUUUUUAAUGGCAUGUGACAAAGUUUCAAACCGUGUAAGAGUGCAAGAAUGAUAAGAAGAAGGUCUGUCCGAAAGAAGUUGAAAAAGAAAUGCCUCAUUUUUUCUUUCUCCAUACUAAUUAUGUGUGUACUGAAGCUCGUCCACAUCAAGGUAGUAGAAAAGAAUACCUUUUACAUUGAGCCUUAUGGAAUAACUUCAGUCCCCAUAAGCGCCCAGGCUGACAAGCCUGACAUUGACUGCUUGGCCAUAUAUCAGCUCGAUCCAGUGGAAAUUGGCAAAUCUUUAGAAAUAAGGCGGAAAGUUAUAGUGGACUUGGAGGAUGAGAGUAUUAUCAAGUUAACAGCAGACUGUCCGAGGUACAAUGAGGCAAGGGGUUAUAAUGAGAUAACUGCAUCGGUGGAGGAGAGGCAGUUUCCUCUUGCCUACUCCUUAGUUGUACAUAAGAACAUUCCAAUGGUGGAGAGAAUCCUGCGUGCUAUCUAUGCACCCCAUAACAUCUACUGUAUCCAUUAUGAUCAGAAGUCUUCCAAAUCCUUCAUCGCUGCAGUAAAGAGUCUUGUUAAGUGCUUUCCAAAUGUAUUCAUUGCUAGUCAGUUAGAGUCCGUGCAGUAUGCCCAUGUGACUAGGCUAAAGGCAGACCUGAACUGCCUGUCAGACCUACUCCACUCCUCGGCCCAGUGGAAGUACGUCAUCAAUCUAUGUGGACAAGAUUUCCCAUUGAAGUCUAAUUAUGAGCUUGUGUCAGAAUUGAAGAAGCUUAACGGUGCAAACAUGCUGGAGACGAGUCGGCCCAGCGACCUGAAAAAGAAGCGUUUCCAGUUCCAGCACGAGCUGAAGGACAUGCCUUAUGAGUACCAGAAGAUCCCAGUCAGAACCACGCAUGCCAAAGACUCCCCUCCCCACGGCAUCGAGAUGUUUAUCGGCAGUGCAUACUUUGUGCUGUCCCGGGACUUUGUGAGUUACGCCACUGGCAGCCAGCUGGCACUGGACUUCCUGGCGUGGUCGGCAGACACGUACUCCCCGGACGAGCACUUCUGGGCCUCGCUGGUGAGGGUGCCCGAGGCGCCAGGUGCCAUCGCCAGGUCGCAGCCCGACGUGACGGAUCUGAUGAGCAAGACGCGGCUGGUCAAGUGGAGCUACCUGGAGGGGAACCUGUAUCCGGCAUGCACCGGCACUCAUUUGCGGAGCGUGUGCAUCUACGGGGCCGCCGAGCUACGGUGGCUCCUCAACUACGGACACUGGUUUGCCAACAAGUUUGACCCCAAAGUGGACCCCGUCCUCAUCAAAUGUCUAGAGGAGAAGCUUGAGGAAAAGCGACAGAACUGGGCAAAGUUAGCGUCUUAACAAAACUCUGCUGAGGAAAUGUUCUAUGGGAUCGAAGGGUAUGUGCUUAUUUAAUCUCAAGUUUUCUUUUUGGAGUCUUUGAAACCAAUGUACUAUUAAUUACACCACUUACUACAGUGUAAUUCACCACCAGCCAUAUUUAAUACUGGAAGGUUCUGUCCGCUAUCUCGGAAAUGGCUGCCACUGUCUGGACAGAUGGUUGGUUAUGCCAGAAAAUAAUCCUUGUGCCUUGCAGUUUAGUUACAGAGAUGUUCAUAGUGAAAUAAUAACUACACACGGCAAUAAUUCUUACACAUUGUUGUUAUAAUGUUAUAAUUCUAAACAUUUUCUACCUCUUUGUGUUUGGCUUGGUGAAGACUGUGCCUUCAAAUGGCUCUGAAAAGAAGGAGAGACAUGUUCAGAAUACUAGCUGCAGAUUCUUUGAGAAAACCAUUAUGAUUGUAUUUCAGCAUCUCAGAAGAUGGUAAUGAAUACCAGGGCCUAAUCUUUGGUACACUUGAAUAUAAAUUUUAUGAAUUUCUGGAGACAAUCAUUUUAUUCUGCCACGAUUGUACAGCAGUUUUAUUUACUGUUGUAUUUACACAGUGUGUGUAUUUAUUUAUUUGGGUAUUUAUGUCUUAAUAAAGCAUUUUCAACUUUGCAACUCAA